ACAUUUCCCAGAGUCCUUUGGCACAACAAGGUUCGGCAGUGCAGGUUGAAUUGACUCUGGCUGCAGAUGACUGGAAGCGAAAACAAUUGGCAUAGAUGUAGUGCGUUGAAGUUCAGCUGUCUUUCCAGUGCACGAAUAAUGAACGAAAUACAGAAAUAGUGAUAUAAUGGCUGUUGAAGCUGUCCACUACAACCUGAGUCAGAAUGGCAUAGAUCAUGCAUCCUGCACAGAAGAAGUGUGCUUAGAGCUACAGACAGAAAGUGCAGAGAGUCCAGCGGGGAGUGAGGAGAGUAAUCCAAGUCUGCCAGAGACUAAACCUGGCAAUGUGAAACUGUCCAAGCCAGUAGCUCUAUGGACCCAGCAGGAUGUCUGCAAGUGGCUGAAGAAACACUGCCCCAAUCAGUAUCAAAUCUACAGCGCGUCCUUCAAACAGCAUGAUAUAACAGGUCGGGCUUUGAUGAGACUGACAGAUAAGAAGCUGGAGAGGAUGGGGAUAGCACAAGAAAGCCAGCGACAGCACAUCUUGCAACAGGUUCUUCAGCUGAGAGUGAGGGAGGAAGUCAGGAACCUGCAGUUACUUACACAAGGUCCGUCCGUAACCAUAACAAAGGAACAGAUUGAACAGAAAUUUGUUGUCAAGGCUUCCUCGCUGGAGAGUUCAGCGUAGUGCCCCCAUUCCAGAGGCAGGGAACCACCUGACUGCCUCUCCUGCAAGACCACAAGCAAGUGGCUUCAUCAUUUUAAAACGGAAGAAAAAGGAACAAAAAUGAAGUCUGAAGAGAUGUUUCCAAAAAGUGGAAGCUUCCCUUUGUUUACUAGUAUACUGUAAUUCAAAUUAAAAGUAGCACUUUAUAUAUGUAAUAUAUAAACUCUCUCUCUCUAGAUAUGUGUGUGUGUGUGUGUAUAUAUAUAUAUAUAUAUAUAAUGUGUGUGUGUGUGUGUGUGUGUGUGUGUCUUACACUGGUAUACACGCUUCUUACAAAGCUUACUUAGGCAUACUGAUGGUAUGUUACAGUAAAUCACUUUUUACUUUCCAAUACUGUUUUCUGGUUGUGAAAUCUGCUGACUGUCUGCAGCGUUUCUUGAAACCCAUGAGUGUUGGGGAAAGUUCACUGUGAUUCCAGUCUGUGUUAAAAGUGCACCUGUUUCACCCCUGUAGUAAAGAAGGCAGCACAGCACCUCAAACCCCUUCAGUGGUCAUGUUAAUAGAGAAUGUGCAGUGUGGCAUGAAGGCUGAAGUAAUUUGGUUAAAAUUUAAAAGUGCAGAAGCUACGAUGAUACUUGAGAAGAGAGAGUUUGCUGCUUAUAAUUAGAUGCUUUUGAAAGAGUAGUUAAAUCCCUUAAAAUCAUGGAACCAGGGAAUGUUUUCAAUUUUACAUUUUUAAAUAGUAUUAAUUGUAUUUUUAUGCGUAUUUUUACUGCCACAGUUUACACUGGUGUUGCUGUAUGUGAAGGGAGAAAAGUAUUACCUUAAUCAAACCUUAGUUAGUACCACGUUGUGAAUCACAUCACGUAAUUACCUUCAUAAAAGUUUCCCAUAGUAAAAUCAUAACAGCGUAUUAAAACACAGUGAAAGUAUUGGGGGGCUCCCAAGUGACGCUUCCAGUAAAGGCGCUCCACGUGGAGUGCAGGAUGCGCUCUAUAGCCUGGACGUCGCAAGUUCGAGUCCAGGCUAUUCCACAGCCGACCGUGGACGGGAGCUCCCAGGGGGCGUCGCACAAUUGGCCGAGCGUCGCCCGGGGGGAGGGAGGGUUAGGUCGGCCAGUGUGUCCUCGGCUCACCGGGCACCAGCGACCGCUGUAGUCUGGCCAGGCGCCUGUGGGCUUGCCUGUAAGCUGCUCGAGAGCUGCAUUGUCCUCCGACGGUUUAGCUCUUGGGUGGCUGCAUGGUGAGUCCGCAGUGUGAAAAAAAAGUGGUCAGCUGACGGUACACGCUUCGGAGGACAGUGUGUGUUCGUCUUCGCCCUCCCGAGUCAGCGCAGGGGUGGUAGCGGUGAGCUGAGCAUAAAAAUAAUUGGCCAUUCUAAAUUGGGAGAAAAUAAUAAAAAUAAUUGGCAACAACUAAAUUUAUAAAAGAAAUUAAACACAGUGAAAGUAUGGUUAAGCAUAGGUAAGCAUUGUAAAGCACAGAGAGAUAUGGUAAAGCAUAUUUAAAUAAAAAAAACAUAGCAAACCAGGGUAAACUAUGGUAAAUGCAUGGUGAAAGUGCACAAAACACCAUGGUAAACCUUUAUAAGGGUAUUACUACAGAUUUUUGCUACAUAUUUACUAUGGUGUAACUAUGAUAAGCUACCAUAAUAACAGUGCAGAUGGUUAAAAUGUUCUGUUUUAACCUUUAUUAUGAAGACCAACCAUCAUGACUAUGUAACAUCUCCAUGCCAAAUUAAACCAAAACAAGCACCCCAACAUUCAAAGAGGAUCAUUUAAAAAAAGAUGUAUUAAUGUGAAUGUCUAGCAUUGCUACUUUUGUAAGAAAAAAUGAUAGCUAACAAAUAUUAAAGGAUGGUGCAUCACCUUGCGUAGCGGGGCAGUAUUAAAAAAAAAGGAAAGAGGACAGGUGUCUGUAAUAAAGGUGAUUUAAAAUAAUGUCGCAAGUAGUUUAAUGGGUGUAAAAAUACCUCCACAGUUCAGCGCCUCCUUAAUCAAUCAAAAUGUCAGACUGACUCUAAUUAUUAAAGUAUUCUGGUGUCUAGGGAGAUUUAAAAACUUUGAACUACUGUAGGCGUAACAUGCUACCCAUUAGUCAGCUAACUGUCAGUUACCAUACACCCACAGGUUACAAGCGCCAGUCAGCACCCGAUAGCUGUACCGCCCCACACAUCACCCAGAAAUAUCUAUAAAAAAAAAGGCUUUUCAGAAGCAGAAUGAAGUCAAAUAAGAAAUAACCUGCAUACAGAAAUAUCUGCAUGGAUUUGCUUUAGGACACCAUGCGUUGAUGUAAACUUACUUUCUAACCGCCCUGUACAUUAUUAUAGUUGUUUUGUUACACACAAACCGAAGAUUUAAUGUGUAUAUAUAAUGAAAAUUGUACAAUAUCUAAUCGAUUGUACAAUAUCUAAACCUUUCUCUAACAAAUUAUAGUGGAUAAAUAAAAAUAUAAAAAACAAAGUGAAGUAGACAAUUGUUUUAGCGAAUGCCUUUCAGUGUUCAGGCUUAUAAUCUAUGGCGACUGGGGAUAUAGUGUAGGUGCCAUUUUAUAGAUAUAUAUUUCACAUUUUAGACAGAGAACUGCUUAUCCAAUUCUUAUCAAAAGUAGCAAGUCGUAUCUGGAGGCACCUGUCCAUCUGUCUGUACUUAGAGAACCGCUUAUUAUAUUAUAAUAAAACUUAGUAUGAACACA